UUCCUUUCAGCAGUCACUUUUUUUGUAUCAGUCACCCGUUGAUAGCAUUGAAAAUGGACUGGAAUUUUCCAGUGUACUACUUCCUAUUUUCUGUAUCUCAAUCAGUGGUGGCUUUCAACAUCGAUCCAAAUCCAUGGAAAUAUUUCACCCAAAACCAAAACAUAGCCUUUGGCUACAAAGUGAUACAGAAAAACAGCAAGAGUUUGAUUGUGAGCGAUCCCUUAGUCCAAGGUCGGAAUGAAAGAGGGAAAGUGUACAGCUGUGUGGUUGCACAAGAAAUCUGCUCACCAGUAACAAUGAAUGUGCCCUCUCAGGCUGUCAACAUGUCCCUUGGACUUUCAAUGACUAAGGAUCCCGAGUCUUCAAAGUUAGUGGUAUGUGGGCCAACCAUUCCCAAGGUCUGUAAGCAUUUUACUGCAUACAAUGGCAUGUGUUUUACACUGGAUUUCAAUAAUAAUCCAUCAGUACCUAUACCAAAUUCUUUGAGAGACUGCCCACCUCCACCACAAACAGACAUUGCUUUCUUGUUGGAUGGCUCUGGAAGUGUAAGGGCCAACGAGUUUAGUACCAUGAAGAAUUUUGUUAUAAACAUGGUUAACGGAUUACAAGACAGGGACUUUAAGUUUGCAGUUGCACAGUAUUCUUCGAAUUGCGAAAUACACAUAAAAUUCAACACCUUUUCAAGCACUACUCAAAUAAAUGAUAUCCGUCAACUUCAAGGGACCACCUACACUGCCAAAGCAAUCAAAAUUGUUGUGAAUGAGGUAUUUUCCAAUACGGCAGGGGCCAGAGAAAAUGCAAACAGAGUGUUGGUGGUCAUCACUGAUGGUCAAUCACAUGACAAGUCUCAACUGGAAACUGCUGCUUUGAAUGCAGAGCAGAAGAAAAUUAUUCGUUACGCUAUCGGGGUUGGUGAUGCCUUUAAAAACAAGGAAGCAGAGAAGGAGUUGAAAACAAUUGCAUCGGAUCCCGAUGAAAAAUAUGUAUUUACAGUGAAUGACUUUUCACUAUUGAAGACCAUUCAAAGCACACUGGAAGAGAAUAUCAUUGCAAUUGAGGGAAUCCAGACUUCAGGAGAAUCUACAAGGAUGGAAUUUGCGCAGGAUGGCUUCAGUGUAGACUUUGUUUCAAAUGGGGACAUAAUAAUGAGUGCAGUUGGAGCAUUUCAGUGGAAAGGCGGUUAUCAGAAAUAUAAUAGCCUUGGAGUACCUUUCAACACCUUUCAGAAAGGCAACAGUCCUGACAGUUAUUUAGGUUAUUCCAUGACAGUAGCAAAAGUAAGCAGCAUGCUCUACUACAUCAUCCAGGGAGCUCCAAGAAAUGAGCACAAGGGGAAAGUGAUCAUAUCAGGCAGUGGAGACUCUAAGAUACUGUCUUCUCCUGAGCCUCAAAUUGGUGGCUAUUAUGGUGCUGAGUUAUGUGUGGUGGACUUGGAUUCAAACGGCUUCACAGACCUCCUUCUUGUUUCUGCUCCACUGCAUCAUGAGGGGGAUCAUGAAGGAAAAGUCUUCAUCUACUCUUUUAUGACAUCUAUGUCCCAGGUGAAUUACAUACAGGCAGUGAAAGGAAUUCCAGGACAAUUGGGGAGGUUUGGCCUGACCUUGGCAAGCCCUGGAGAUCUAAAUGGGGACAGUCUGGUGGAUGUAGUGAUAGGAGCACCUUUAGAGGAGAAUCAUGAGGGCAGCAUCUACAUCUUUAAUGGAAGGAAAGAAGACAUUUCCCCCACCUUCUCACAGAGAAUUAUAGGCUCAUCUGUGCGCACUGGGCUGCAAUUUUUUGGUUUGUCUCUAAGUCGAGCCGCUGUGGAUCAUAGUGAAGACGAGCUGCUCGAUCUUGCUGUCGGUUCCAAAGGAGCAGUCUUACUUUUAAGAUCUAGACCCAUUGUGCACUUGUGGAAGGAAGUAACUUACAGUCCAUCCAAAAUCCCCACCAGAGACAAUGACUGCAGGAGUCCUUUGAAAAACACACUAACAUUGUGUUUCACUAUGAAAGAAACAAAUACUGACAAGAAAGACUUUACUGCAAAUAUAAACUAUACAUUAAAACUUGAUGCCAAACGUCAAAGCUACCGGGCCUACUUUUCAGAGAAAAACCGCGUUCUAUUUAACAAGAUAGCUAUUACGCUGGAGAAGAAAUGCAAGCAGCAUGAAUUUUUUAUAGAGCCCUGCCCCAAUGAUGCACUGAACCCAUUAUCAAAUGAGUUGGUGUAUACAUUUGAGGGUCUCCCUAGUCAAAGACUGAACAAUUUACGGCCAAUGCUGAAUCCUACCAUAAAGAACACCUCAGAUCAUAAUCUGGAUUUUGAAAUAAAUUGUGGAACAGAUAACAUCUGCAUUGAUGAUCUCAGAGUGGAUUUUAACUUUUCUGGAAAUUCAGUUAUACAAGUGGGAAUAAUGCAAGAAUUGAACGUAACUGUCUUCAUAGAGAACAGAGGGGAAAAUUCCUACAACAGUCGAAUAAUUCUCAAAUACCCAUUUGGACUUUCCUUCAGGAGAUUCACCACUAAACAGGGCAGGCUGCAAUGUGUAUCUGUAGAUAGUGAUGAAAAAGCUGCACUGGGGGAGACUGCUUGUUUCAUCAGUAAACCCAUCUUCAAGAAUAAUGGCUUGGCUAUCUUUGAGGUUACAUAUAACAUAAACAAAGACAGUGACUUUGACAGAAUGGUGACAUUCUCCGCAUCUGCAUCCAGUGACAAUGACAAACAUUCAUCUGACAAUAAACUCUUCAAAAAUGAUACCAUUGAUGUGAAAUAUGCCAUCUACAUUGCAUUGAUCAGGCAUGAGAAUUCCACUGUUCAUGUUAACUUUACUUCAGGGAAAAACGACCUUGAGAAACCAGUCCAUCAAAUAUUCAAGGUGGAGAAUGACCUCAGGGAUUUGAAUUUCAACAUUUUCAUCAGAGUACCGAUAAAAUUAGGAGCUAAGGACAUCUGGACUAAUAACAAUUUGCAGAUUGAAGGCUGCAAAACAGACAAAGAUGAGGAGCCCACAAUCAAAGAUUUUGUGGCGGCACUGCAAAAGCAGCCCGAAGUGAAUUGCUCCAUAGCUGUGUGCAGAGUGUUUAAAUGUGCUGCAAAUUUCAUUAGAAAGCAGAAUAAAUUCUACACCAUCUCUGGUAAUGUCAGCUCUGGAUGGAUUGAACAGACUGGACUGCGAUCAGCAGUUUUCAAGCUGGUCAGCACAGCAACACUGGACUAUAACAAAGCAACAUAUAUCUACUACUCAUCUGAUUCUCUAAACAUUGCACCCAUUGGCAAGAUUAAUACACAGGUGGAGGUGUAUGAGGACAAAUUCCCACUUAAGGAGGUAAUUGGAAGUUGUAUAGGAGGGCUUGUGAUUUUGGCUCUUAUCACUGCUGGCCUCUAUAAGGCUGGAUUCUUCAAAAGUAACUAUAAGAAGAUGUUGGAGGAAGCAGGAGCAGGGGCUGAGGGAACCGGAGAAGACACAGAGGCACCAGUUGAAGAGUGAUCACUCUGCUCUAGAUUUUGCACAUUAACUGAAAAAUUACAUUAAAUCUUAUGUGUAGUAUAAAGUGUCAGAAUCAGGUGUCCCUAAGCAUAAGGAAAAAUUCAGGAGAGUACACAGUGCUAUUCUAAUUAUGGAUUAAGACCCCUGCAUGCUAAUUUCAACUUGCAUUAGCAGCAAUUUUGCAUUUUGGUUGUUCAUUGGAAAUUCUCAGAGAAAAAGAAAACUUGCUAAGAACUUAUAGCAUUAACUUUCUCUUAUAGCUGCCGCAGCUUAUAGCAAUGUUUAGGCCAGGGGUUUUCAAAGUGUGAGAGAGUCAGCUCCCCCCCCCCCCCCCCCCCCCCUCAGAGGGCAAAUAAACAACAGCGCCCCCCUUACAAUUUUUGUUGUUGCUAUACUUAAUGUUCCAUUCGUAUUUUAAAAAAAUGGUUGUUGUACACAUUUUAAUUUUUUUCUUUUACACAUUUUAAACAUCUGUGCUUUUUGAAAACAUCUUUUUUUUUACACAUUUUAAACAUCUGUGCUUUUUUUAAAACAUUUUUUACACAUUUUAAACAUCUGUGCUUUUUAAAAAAAAAAACAUCUUGUUUUACACAUUUUAAACAUCUCAUAGCAUCGUUAGCUAGCACCUCUUGGCAGACAACACACUGUGGCAGUGGAGCAUCUUCAGAUCCAGUCCAUGAAAAUCCAAACUUUAAAUAAUCGUGGUCAUACUUCCUUCUUUUUUUUGCUUGGCCCAGACUCUGUCUCCUCACUCACUGUAGCUUUAGGUACUAAAAAUCGAUCCAUUUUGUCUCUGGCAAAGGCUAGCUAAAGUUCGCUAAAUGUCCGCAAUAGUGACUUAUUCUGGUUUAUUUUUCCUCAUGUUGCGCCCCCCUGAAGAACUCUGGCGCCCCCUAGGGGAGGUGCGCCCCACACUUUGAAAAGCCCUGGUUUAGGCAAUCUUACAGCAUGCAAUCAAGUAUGAAGUUUGGUAUGCUGUAUUAACCAACAUGAAUAUUUUAUUAUUUAUUAUAGCUUCUGCUUCUAAGUUUGUUUAAGAUUUUAUAUGCACAUAGACAUCACCCUUUAAUGGAAGAUUCAGAAAUGUAGAACAUGUCAGAGAGGCACAUAGGAACUUUAGUUAUUGAAAUGUGUUCAGACUGGUGCUUUGAGAUCACAUUUUAGUAACUGAAGCAACUCCUAUUUGGUCAAAGAGUACGAUCUAUUUUGGCACGUUUUGAUGACUGUUACAAUGCUUUAUUAUUUCUUAAGGUAACUAAUGACAUAACUUUUGUUGUAUUGCUCAGACAUGUUAAAAAUAUAGCCUAAUGUGUAAUACAAAAUGGAAAUACAAAAUAAACAUUUUAUUUGGAUGGA